AUUUCCUUUCCUUUGAACAUGAUCAUGAGAAAAUCUUUAGAGUAGUGUCAAAAGGCAUGUUAAGAAGUAAAUAAACCAUCAUCAACUCACUCAGUCCUCCGAUAUCCAGGAUUAGCUUGAGCUGGCCCGUGCCAUGUGGAAACGGGCCCUACCUUUAGGCUUACUGGGUACGGGCGGUGUCUGGUACGGCGGAUGUCUGGCCCAGCUCAUCCAUCACGUCAAUCAAAGCAAAGCCCGCACCAUGGCCCAGCUCCAAACCGUGCCGGAUUCCGCCCCUCAGCUCCAUCCCGCUCAAGCCGCCGAGCUGUGUCGGCAACGCAGUCCGCUCAUCCAUGCCUUAAUGGAAUUAUAUCAACCCCGGAAAGACACGCCCUGAGCAGGCCUGACUGGCAGGACUUCUUCCAUUCAGACGUGACCUUGAAGACCAUGGCGUGGCUGGUCGGGGUUGGGCGGCUUUGGACCGGAUGCGACCGCACAAUGGUGGUUGGUUUAGUCGGAGUUUCGAUACUCGCUUUAUUCAUGUGUCGCAUGGGGUGGGUGAUGACCCGCAGCAGGUGGAACUCAUAGUGCGGCAUAUGUACGUGUUCCGCCAGUCUCGAGCUUAUUUCACGUUGUGGAACAAGAUUGUGCUCCGAUUGGCUGGACCACCGGGCGAGGAGAAGAUCGUGGGAAUCCAAGAGCAUUGGUUUGGGGUACCGUUAUCCGAAAGUCCCUUCCAGACCGGUUUUCGUCGAAUCAACGGCUGGUUCUCAGCCUUGAUCGGGUGUGGUGUGGAUCGAUUUUUAUAUAUCAAAUACAUGUUGUCUUGGGAUGCCCGGUAGCCAAAGUUAUGGAGUUAAAUGAAUUGAGGGUACUAACUUG